AACAGGGUUGUAGUAGUUAUAUCAGCCAGUCUGCUUCACUUCAACCCCAACAAUGACUUUCUACAGAAAUGCAGUCUGGUUCGUAAAAGGACUUCAGGAAUAUACUAAGAGUGGCUAUGAAACAGCAGCGAAGCAUUUUGUAGCUUCAGAUCUGGACAUGGAUGUGAGUGGCAGGUCUUUCGUCAUUACAGGGGCCAACAGUGGGAUUGGAAAAGCAGCAGCUCUUGAAAUAGCUAAAAGGGGUGGUACGGUCCAUCUGGUGUGUCGAAAUAAAGGUCGUGCAGAUGAGGCGAGAAAAUAUUUGAUGGAGCAGAGCAAAAAUGAGAAUGUGCAUGUGCACAUUGUGGAUAUGUCAAGCCCCAGGGGAGUGUGGGAGUUUGCCAGCGACUUCACGAAGAAUCACAGUGUGAACGUACUUAUCAACAAUGCGGGCUGUAUGGUGAACCAGAGAGAGCUGACCGAGGACGGCUUGGAGAAAAAUUUUGCCACCAAUACACUUGGAUCCUACAUUCUGACCACAGCAAUGAUUCCUGCUCUAAAAAAUUCAGAGGAUCCGAGGGUGAUCACUGUGUCUUCUGGAGGAAUGCUGGUUCAUAAACUCAACGUUGAUGAUCUACAGUUUGAAAAAGGCACUUUUGAUGGAACCAUGGCUUAUGCACAGAACAAGAGGCAGCAGGUGGUUAUAACAGAAAGAUGGGCUGCUCAACACAAAGAGAUCCAUUUCUCUUCUAUGCACCCAGGCUGGGCAGAUACACCAGCAGUACAGUCAUCCAUGCCUGAUUUCUACCACAAAAUGAAAGACAAACUACGUACUGAGGCACAAGGAGCAGAUACAGUGGUUUGGUUAGCAGUGUCCAAAGCAGCUGUGGGGCAACCCAGCGGCCUCUUCUUCCAAGACAGAAAGUCGGUUGCCACACAUUUGCCGCUGGCCUUGACCAAGUCCUCUCCUUCUGACACCGAUGAGCUCAUGAAAGCACUGGAGGAGCUUGCUGCCAAGUUUAAACCUUGACUGUUGACCUCUUUUAGGUCCCUUAAUAAGGACACGUGGACUAAACACUCAUCUGAAGCUGACUGCAGUGUGCUGUACAGACAGGCUUGAGAGUUUUAGUUUAUAACGAAAUGUUUUUUUUGAUCAGUUAUUAAACUAACACAAAUUGUAUUUUUUUAGGAAAGGUAUGAUCAUGUCUUACUAAAAAUAUGAAUUCUUUAAAGUACAAUAUCGAACAAUUAGAUCACUUGAUUACUUGAGGUUAGGUUUUUUAAAUGGUAUUAUAUAAUUAACCUAUCCAAGGUUACCAAAAGCUUACCAUAUGUUGCCAUAUGAUUUACGCUAACUUUAAAGUAUUCAAAACACCUAAUGAAUUAUAAUAUAAUGAAUUACACUUAUGUUUACAUUUGAUACGAAGAAGCACAAAUUCAUACAGACAGUUUAAAAUGUUUUAGAAAGGCUGUUGUCACAUAGUAUGAGCAAACUUCAUAGUAAUGGCCAUGAUUUUGUAAUAUGUCCACAUGUUUAGUAUAGCAUUAACUGAGUAAUACAUAGUAAUAGCUUUAGCAGUUAAAUCUUACAGUUAUAUGUCUCUUAAUAUCUAAAGGUUUGUCACUACUCACUGUACUGUACAAGUACUGAUUUAAUUAUUCUGAUAAGAAUAUAUGUUUUGCAUAUGUUUCAUAAAUCAAAUAAAUAAACAAUAUUUGUAGCAGAUUUUCUUGUCAGUAAAUGCUAAAUUACACCAAAGGAAAGCAAAAUUACAGAAAAAUCACAAUUAAUGUAAGAUGCUGAAUUAACUGGCUUGGAAGGUAGUACAUGACAGCAGGGUAAACUACAGAUCCAAUGUAAAAAGAACAGAAAAUACAGAUAUUAACAGUAAGCUAAAGGUGCAUAAACAUGUUUGAGGAUUAUAUGUCUUGGUUUCAGUUACAAUUUGCUUUCAAGCUGCAGUGAAAAACAUUUGUGCAUUUUGCAACAUCAUUUGCCCAGCGCAUGUAACAGUCAAGUAGGUUGUGGCAUCAAUAUGCAAUGAUCUCAAUACCUUUUACAUUCAUACCUAAAGCUUUUCAGUGCACCAUACAGCAGUGUAUUUUAUACACAAAAAUUACGUAGUGCAGCUUUAAGGAAAAACAUUUUUACACCUCCACCAACAAAAUAAUUUAUCUAGGUCAGAUGAAAGACCUUUGUCAUAUAUACAUAUAGACGUGUACAGUACAAAGAAAUGCAUUUUUAUCCCAGCAUAUCCCAGCAUGUUUGGGGUCAGGAUUCAAACCAACAGCCUUUCAGUUGAUAGUCUAAAACUCAUGAGGCUAAUGAGAAUCUUUUACCAGAAGGGCACAUAGUUUUUAGGACCCAGUCAUCAACCCACCUUCUUCCCUCUUUUUUCCACCAGUGCUUCACAUCUGCAUGACCUUGUCAUCAUUAAAGCAGUCAGAAGAAAUGUAUGUUUAUGUAACUUUUACAAUUAAAUACAAUGAAAUUAAAUACAUUGAAAUAUAAGGGGUACGAUUUUUAAUGUUAUGUACAUCUAAUUUCAAUCCUCUGUAUGUCCUGUACAUAUUGCAGUUUUGACAAUAAAGCAACUUUGACUUUG